ACAGUGGUCUUUGGAGGUUCUGAAACGUUACAGUAAAACCAUACAUGUAGGCACAUAUCGCUAUUUACCACGUUUUUCGAUUAAUGCAGGUGUUUAUUGUAAUUUCACACGAUCCGGUUCAGUCUGCUGCAGCCAUUAUUCAUAAUGAAAAACAAGUCAUUUUGCAACAAUAAGCGUACUAAUUCAUCACUUGGCUAAAAUGGUUUUUGCACGCUUUAAUAGACGUAUAGUUAUUAUUAUCAUAGUUUCAUAUGUUUGUUGAUAAACCUGUAGUACAUAUUAACACUGUGUGCUGUUUUCAGUUAUUCGUUUCAUUUCAACCUUUGAACUGAUUCAUUGAAAAGAUCCAAAUAAAAAGAACAUUUAUUUCACGACUCGAACAGCGCUACGCUUGUUUCACUACGGACAUCUUAGACUUGCGGACACAAAAACAACAGUGUUCUAUACACAAACAACAUAGUAACUAUGAGCUCAUCGUCGACUGCAGUGCUGCUGGAAACGAUCAACUUCGCUGCAGAGAAACAUCGCAAUCAGCGCCGUAAAGAUCCUGAUGCAACACCAUACAUCAAUCACCCCAUAGGGGUGGCGAGGAUUUUAAGUCACGAGGGUGGAAUUACAGAUAUUGAAGUUUUACAAGCUGCAUUGCUUCAUGACACAGUCGAGGACACUGACACAACCAUCGAGGAGCUGGAGUCUUCGUUUGGACCAACUGUGGCGAGAAUCGUCCAGGAGGUUACAGAUGACAAGUCAUUACCAAAAGAGGAGAGAAAGCGGCUGCAAGUGGAGCACGCACCACACCGCAGCCAUCAGGCCAAACUAGUUAAACUAGCUGACAAGUUGUAUAAUUUGCGGGACCUCAAUCGUUGCACUCCCACUGGUUGGACGGCUGAAAGGGUUCAAGAAUACUUUGUGUGGGCAUCUCAGGUGGUAAAAGGCCUCCGUGGCACCAAUGCAGCACUUGAGGAGAAAAUGCAGCAGCUCUUUUUGCAGAGAGGAUUGGAGUUAUGAUGAUGUCACGAGCCAUUGGUUGAAAUUAAAUGAUUGUGCUUUUUUUGUGUGUGUAACUGAUCAUCAUGGGAUGUUCUUUACACUAAAGGGCCAGUUCAGGCCACCCCGAAGCCGUUCCAAACGUGUUUUGACUUACUUUCUUCUGUGGAACACAAGAGAAGAUUUCCUCAACAUUUUCUUUGGUGUUCCACUUAAUAAAGUCAUACAGAACAACAUCAGGGUGGGUGAAUGACGAAUACAUUUAAUAAUAUGAAGACGUGUAUAAUACAUGCACAGAUAUAAAAUGC